AUGCUGUCAACUCCGUCAUUGUCCCAAGCCAGUGUUGUCUACUCUUCCAACUCUUCUAUCAACCCCACAUUUAUGAAGGAACAUUCAAAAUAUGUAAUUAUUCAUUUAGACAUUGAUUGCUUUUAUGCCCAAUGUGAAGAGGUUGAAAAUCCAAGUUAUCGGCACGUACCACUCGGAAUUCAACAAAAUCAAACGGUAUCAACAGUGAACUAUUGUGCACGAAUACAACACGGUGUUCCGAAAAUGACUCGUGUGAGUAAGGCAAAAGAAAUCUGUCCUCAAAUUGUCAUUAUUCCUGCACGAAUGGAAAUUUAUCGAGAAAUGAGUCGUAAGAUCUUUGAGGAAUGCAUUGCAGAGAAGGUCUAUCAUCAGUUUCAUGGUGAAUGUGUUCUUGAAAUUUGUGGAGUGGAUGAAGCUUUUGUGGAUGUGACUGAUGAAGUGAGAUGGAGAUUACAACAACUGGAACAGCAAGAACAGCACACCUCACAAUCCAAUGAUAUCAAUGGAGCUACGGAUGUGAGUAAAGAGUCAUUGAAACGUGCGAAUCGAGUGGAUCCCAAUCAAUGCGUUGGCGCAAAAAUUUCACUCUCUCCAAAGAGCCAAGACAUUCCUUUGAAUAUUGGAUCACAACUUGCUCAAGAAAUUCGAGACGAGGUAUUUCAGAGAUUGGGAUUUACAUUGAGUGCAGGAAUUUCACAUUCCAAAUUUCUCUCAAAGCAAGCAUCGAAAAAGAAGAAACCAAAUGGACAAGCGACCAUAUAUUCAGAAUCGUUCAACAAUGAAAUUAAUCCUUUAGACAUUUCUAUCAUUCCAAAUAUUGGCUAUCAAACACGAGAAAAACUUGUUCAACAACUUCAUAUACGAACCGUUCAAGAAUUCCGUGGGCUUUCCUAUCUCAAUAUUCGAAAAUGUUUCAAUUCAGACAAACUUGCUUCCCAAUCUUUAAAUAUUGCCAAUGGAAAAUAUGACGAAGAGUAUGAUCGUGUUAUUUCUAAAGGACCAGUGAAAUCCAUAGGCUCUGAGCUCACUUUUCUUCCCAUUCACAACUCGUAUGAUGAAGUCGAUCAAAAAUUGAGAAUAAUCACACAAGAUUUAGCCCCAAGAAUUCAAAGAGACAUGCAACGAAAUCAAAAGAGAUUUGCCACUACACUCACGCUGAAAUAUUGUCAUGGAGGAUACUUUGACAAGUUUCAUUCGAAAAGUUGUAAAAUUGACAGCAAGUGCUAUUAUGCUUCAUCCAAUUUCAUAACCUCUCAUCAUGAAAACAAUGAUAUUCAUUCGAGAGCCAUGAUGUUAUUCAAGGAAGCUGUGCCGUUACCGUUCAAGUUACAAAGAAUUGCAGUGAGCGUUUCAGAUUUUCAACAAGUACAUACCAAUGGCUCUUCCACUUUUGUUUCAUCCCAGAAAAGAACAUUGGCGAGCAGUAGUGGCAGUGGACAACAGAGUAUUACUGCAUUUCUCUCAAAGAGGGUGAAACAAUAA